AUGCCGGACCAUGGACGUAUGCCGAGAAAUUUGUCGUCGAAUAAGAUAGCCAAAACGAUCGCUGGCGAGGAUCUGGACGAGGAGGAGGUUCUGGAGAUGGACGCGGGACGAAGCGCUCGUGAAGAGGGUCGUUUCGUCUUCGAGUGUGCAUGGGAAGUGGCCAAUAAGGUCGGUGGAAUCUACACGGUGCUCCGCAGCAAGGCUCAAAUCAGUACCGAGGAGCUCGGCGAUCAGUACUGCAUGUUCGGACCGAUGAAGGAUGGGAAAUGGCGUUUGGAAGUGGACCCGAUUGAGCCCGAGAAUCGAACGAUUCGUGCCGCGAUGAAGAGAUUUCAGGCCGACGGUUUCCGGUGUAUGUACGGUCGAUGGCUGAUCGAGGGCUAUCCGAAAGUGAUUCUAUUCGAUUUGGGAUCCGGCGCCGUUAAGAUGAACGAAUGGAAGCACGAGCUGUUCGAGAAGUGUAAAAUUGGCAUUCCCCACGAGGACAUUGAAUCCAACGACGCCGUGAUUCUCGGCUUCAUGGUUGCCAUCUUCCUCAAACACUUCCGUGAAUCCGUCACCAGCUAUCAACCACUCGUCGUAGCUCACUUCCACGAAUGGCAGGCUGGCGUUGGUCUUCUGAUGACUCGCCUGUGGAAGCUGGACAUUGCGACGGUGUACACGACGCACGCCACACUGCUCGGACGUCAUUUGUGUGCUGGUGGCGCGGAUUUGUAUAACAAUUUGGAUGCGUUCGACUUGGAUGCAGAAGCAGGGAAGAGAAAGAUCUACCACCAAUACUGCCUGGAACGUGCCGCGUGUCAGACCGCGCACAUCUUCACUACAGUAUCCGAAAUCACGGGACUCGAAGCCGAGCACUUCCUCUGCCGAAAACCGGACAUUCUGACGCCGAAUGGACUGAACGUCAUUAAAUUCGCGGCGCUUCACGAAUUCCAGAACUUGCAUGCUCAGAACAAGGAGAAGAUCAAUCAGUUCAUCCGCGGGCACUUCCACGGACAUCUGGACUUUGAUUUGGACAAAACGCUGUACUUUUUCACGGCCGGACGAUACGAGUUCUCGAAUAAGGGUGGAGAUAUGUUCAUUGAGUCGUUGGCACGUCUCAAUCACUAUUUGAAGACCACCAACGAUCCGCGUCACAUGGGCGUUACGGUAGUGGCCUUCUUGAUCUAUCCAGCACCAGCCAAUUCGUUCAACGUGGAAUCCUUAAAGGGACAGGCCGUCACCAAGCAGCUCAAAGAGGCGGUGGACCGGAUUAAGGAGAAAGUUGGGCAGCGAAUUUUUGACAUUUGUCUGCAGGGACACUUGCCGGAGCCCGAGGAGCUAAUGUCGCCAGCUGAUAAUAUUUUGCUGAAACGCUGCAUCAUGUCGCUGCACAACUCGAGCCUUCCACCAAUCUGCACGCACAACAUGAUCCGUGCCGACGACCCGGUCCUCGAAGCCCUCCGCCGAACCGCCCUCUUCAACAAGCCCGAGGAUCGUGUCAAAGUGGUCUUCCACCCUGAAUUCCUCUCCUCCGUCUCGCCACUCAUCGGUCUGGAUUACGAGGAUUUCGUUCGUGGAUGCCAUUUGGGCGUCUUCCCAUCGUACUACGAACCAUGGGGCUACACACCGGCCGAGUGUACCGUCAUGGGCAUCCCAUCGGUGUCUACGAACCUCUCUGGCUUCGGAUGUUUCAUGCAGGAACACGUCGAGGAUCAUGAGCAGAAGGGAAUCUAUGUGAUCGAUCGGAGACACAAGGCCGCCGAGGAGUCGGUGCAGGAGUUGGCCAAUGUCAUGUACGACUUUUGUGGACAGUCACGUCGUCAACGUAUCAUUCUUCGUAACGCCAACGAGGGUCUCUCGGCACUGCUCGAUUGGCAGAAUUUGGGGGUGUUCUAUCGCGAUUGCCGCCGAUUGGCACUGGAACGCCUUCAUCCCGACGGCGUCGACAAGAUCAUCAGAGAGAACGAGGGAAAAGUUCCAUCGGCCGCCACGUCACGUCGUCCAUCGAUUCAUUCCAGUGAUGGAGAAGACGAGGAGUAA